UUACAAAAAAGGCUAAACCCUGGUGACUGAUUAUCUGAGAAUUGCUUGGAACGCAGAGCAAAGCACAUCAUCACGUUGAGCAGAAGAAGAGAAAGCAAAGGAAAAGGCCCUGCUACUUCUUCACUCUGGAGUUAACCCGUCUCUAGGGCACACGUCAGCGGUGCGUGCGGAGAUGGAGAUUCCAAAGGAGCAGAUGGAGCAGAGGCUCAAUUUCAACGGAGACCCUUCAAACCCUCAUUCUCACGACAAUGGCAACGGAUUCAACCACUUCCAACCCCUCGAUUCGGGAUACGCUCUUAACCAUUCCGUUCCUCGCCCUCCCGCAAACGCCCCUGGCACCACUCCAACCAAGGAACUUCUCCAGAUCAAGUGGACAGUGCGAAUAAUGUGAAAGUUUAUGUUGCUCCUGUUCCGAGAACUGCCACGGAGGCUGAGAUCCGUCCUGUAUUUGAAGAACAUGGAACUAUUGUUGAGGUUGUUCUUUUAAAAGACAAGAGAACAGGUGUACGGCAAGGAAGUUGUUUUGUGAAAUAUGCAACAUUUGAUGAAGCUGACAGGGCUAUCAAGGCUUUAAACAAUCAAUAUACAUUUGUUGGGGAAUCAUAUCCUGUUGUUGUCAAAUUUGCUGAUCGAGAACUUGAACGUCUUGGGGCUCGAGGGUUUUCCCGUAACAUGGAAAAGAAAGAUCCUUUAGAAGGGGUUCGUGGGUUUUGCCGUAACAUGGAAAAGAAAGAUCCUUUAGAAGUGGUGGCAGAUAAAGUUUUUGUUAGUUGCUUCAACAAAGAGGCUUCAAAAAAGGAAAUUGAAGAAAUAUUUUCCCCUUAUGGACAUGUAGAAGAUAUCUUCAUUGCAACCAGUCGUGGAUAUGCUUUUGUCAAAUUUUCUAACAGAGAAAUGGCAUUAGCUGCAAUCAAAGGACUGAAUAGAACCUUCACGAUGAGAGGUUGUGAUCAUCCAUUAAUUGUUCGUUUUGCGGAUCCCAAGAAACCUAGGACAGGAGAGUCAAGGUCCAACUAUUUAUCUGUGAAUGCAAAUUUUGGACCCUGUUCUCAAGAACCAGCAGUAUGGCCACUACCAAAUUUUGGUGAUCCCAACUGUGGAGGAAGUAUGUUGCCUAUUGCCCCACAUCAUUCCUCAAUUCCACACCCACAAGUUACUACUCAUAUGCAAAACUGGGAACCUGGUGCUCCUGUGGUACAACAUUCAUUUCCCCCACAACAAUUGCAUUCACAGUUGGGUUCGAUGCCUUUCGGGUCAAUUCAAGCUCCAAAAUUGCCUUCUCAGUCUCAGCCAUUUAUUACUGAGGUGCAGAGACAGCCAUAUCCGGCAGAUUCAUCAGUUCAAAAUAUAGAGCAGCACCUUAGUUCACAGCUGGCUAGUCAGACUGGAAGCAACCCUAGUACAGCUGCUGGCAAUACCCCACCUGAUAUGCCUUCAAGUCCCCAAGAUGAAGAAUUUCCAGAGUGUGACUGGAGUGAACACUACUGCCCCGAUGGUGUUAAGUACUACUACAACUGUGUCACUUGUGAAAGCAGAUGGGAGAAGCCUGAAGAGUAUGCCUUGUACGAGAAAGAAUCUCAGAAGCAGCCGGAGCUGGAGGAUAAUUGCUGCAGUCUUUCACAAUUGUCGUCAUGUUCCUCCCAACAAGUUGCUGAAAAACACCAGGAAACAAAUCAUGACCACAGACAGUCAAAUACAAGUCCUGUUGUUGCAUAGAUGUGAUGUUAUUGUUUUUAGGCUACUGAAAGCACAUGUUGUUCACAAUUACUAUAUUGACCUUCAAAUUCCUAGAAACCAAGCCUAACGGUUUAUCACGAGGUUGUACGUAUUCUUAUUGCCUCAUUUAUUUAUUUCAAUGGCUAUUGCUAGUCUGUAAAUUGGAAAUUUGCUAGUUUCCUAACAGCUCAGUAUACAGUGCGUCUUAAAGGGAUACAAUCAUGGUAAGUAAUUCUCGGAUAUAUCUAGAUUAUAAAAAUGUCUUUGAUUUU